AUGGCGAAAUCAGACAUUGAGAGCGGUGGAGUGAUCGCCACUGGCAACGAGCUGUAUCCGAAGAUGACCGAGAACUCCGAGUUUCGUUGGGCUUUCAUCAGGAAAGUCUACGUCAUCCUCUCUCUUCAGCUGAUGCUCACCGUCGGAGUCUCCUCCGUCGUGUUCUUCGUCCGCGAGAUUCCUGAUUUCAUCACUACGACGAAUCACGGCCUCGUCGUCUUCUACGUGUCUCUCCUUCUUCCUUUCCUCAUGCUGUGGCCACUGAUUGCGUUUGCGAAGAAGCAUCCCAUCAACCUCAUCAUCUUAACACUCUUCACUCUCUCCAUCUCUUUCGCCGUAGGACUUUGCUGCUCCUUCUCAAAAGGGAAGAUUGUACUUGAAGCUGCAAUUCUCACAGCUACAAUGGUGAUAGGUCUAACAAUCUACACUUUCUGGGCGGUAAAGAGAGGACAUGAUUUCUCCUUCCUUGCACCAUUCCUCUUUGGUGCUCUAAUCAUCGUCAUUGUCUUCUCUCUGGUUCAGAUAUUUUAUCCACUGGGGAAGCUAUCGUCGAUGAUAUUGAGCGGUAUAGCUGCAAUCUUGUUCUGCGGAUACAUCGUCUACGACACGAACCAGCUCAUCAAGAAACUCAACUACAACGAGUAUGUUCGUGCUGCGAUUGCUCUGUAUCUUGACGUCAUCAAUCUCUUCGUCAAUCUCCUUGGUUUUGGCGUCAACACUUAG